UUUAAUAAGUGUGACUCCAAAUAAAACUGUUUUUUUCUAUAAAUAUCACUUAAUAAUCUCCCUUUUGUUCUUUACUGGGUGUUGUUCUUUUAUCAUCAGUUCUUCGUUACUCCAUGAUUUGCACCUCUUAAUUUCUCUUGUUCUAAAUUGUUCGUUUAAUUUGAGUCACAAAUUAUUUUGGGAGGAUUAAAGCUUUUUUAUUGUAUGUAAAUGGGCAUUUUCAACUUUUUUUUGAAAUUCAAAUCUCAGGAAUUAUAGGGGUUUUUACUUUAUAAUUAUGUGAUUUACUGUUUAGUUGGAAAAAUUUUCAAAAUUCUUUUUUCAUGUAUGAAUUAUGUGGGUUGAAUUUCUCUUAUUUUUUUUGUGAUUUUUAUUUUGUGGGUUUAGUCUGCAAUUAUAGUACAAUUUAAAUGGGUUUCAGCCCAUAUCUUCUGCUGCAUCAUUGACUGAGUGUGUUUCUGGGGUUUGAUAGAGAUUCUUCUUUGAAACUGUGAAACUUUAGUUUGGUGAAGUACAACUGGUUUUGUUGUGAGUGGUUCUAAAAAUGGAAGGAGACACAUUUUCAGGACUUGGAAAUGGUACUCAGAUAGACAGUAAGGUAUUACAGACAUUUCAGAAGAGUUUUGUGCAAGUUCAGAGUAUAUUGGAUCAAAACAGAUUGCUGAUCAAUGAGAUCAAUCAAAAUCAUGAGUCAAGAAUUCCAGAUAAUCUUUCCAGAAAUGUUGGCUUAAUAAGAGAGCUUAACAAUAAUAUUAGGAGGGUUGUUGACCUUUAUGGUGAUCUUUCUCACACCUUAACUAGGUCUAUGGAAGCUUCAUCAGAAGGUGAUUCCAGUGGUGCUUUAAAAUCUGAUGCUAAAGCUACCCACAAGCGAAAUCGGCCCGGUUAGCUUGCUCCUUGAUCAUUUUUAGGUGUUUUAAUUCUUUGUCUUUGGUGGGCAUUAAGCAGAAAUUAAUGCAUAGAUUAUGUAUGUGCAUUGAGGUAGAGCAAAACAAAAUGAUUUAGAAGAGAUUUUAUUACUAUGUAACUCUCCUGUAUCUGAAUACUUCUUUCUAAUACUCAGUUUACUCAACUUUUUCCCCCAUUAAAAAAGAAACCAAAAAAAAUCUCAUGAAAUAACUCUUCAUAGUCUCUAUGGAUUUGUAACCUCUUUGUAACUCUAAACCCAGUUGAAUUAAAAUUCAAGCUUGCUUCUUUAAUUUCAUUA